AUGGCACUUGCCGCGUAUAGGCAGCUCCUCAGAUCGAUCCGCAUCGCAUUUCAAGAUGAUAUAACCCUUCUACAAGCCUCACGAAUGAAGGCUCGUGCUGAGUUUGAUGAAAAAAUCAACCUAUCGAUAGCCUCUCCCUUGUAUUCGACCGCAAUAACGCAUGCACUCGAUGUUUCUCGCGUCCUACGGGAAAAUGUUGUGCAAGGUCGCAGACUUAAAAACGAUGCAGAAGAUCAAACUGCGAGAUAUAAACUACGCAUUCACAAGUACACAGAACGCGGUGACAAUGACAGUGUUAAGCUUACCUGUGGUCAAAUAAAACCUAAAGAUGAGAGUUAG